AUGGACAUCGAAAGUGUUGACACUGACUAUUUAUUGGAAAGCUCCUCUGAAAGUGAAAAUAUGUUUUCAUCAUCUUCUUUUUAAACUUUAGAGAAGUUUUACUUAAAUGAAGCACAAAAUGGUUCAACCUACUAAUAUAAUCAAGCUUUGAACAAUUCAAAACCUCAUUUUUAUCAUGAAACAUAGCUUUAUACAAAAUAUAUGAAUUAAAACAAAAGAGAAUUCUCACAUUUACAAAACGAAGAUGUUUUUUAACUUUCAGAUUCAGAAUCAUUUUCAGAUAAAAUUAACAUUUUAACUAAUUUAACUGAUUUAAAUAAAAGCCAAAUACCUUAAAUAAAUGCAUAGAUGCCAACUUCAUCUCCAGAAUAAAGAUAAAGAAAUUUUUAAUCAUUAAAAAUUGUAAAAUCUAAAAUAACUAUUGCUGUUGAUAUAAAUAAAGACGAGAAUCAAAAUUUUUAAAAAAACAACUCUUCCAAGCUUUUCAGUCCUUUAUCAGAAUUAUAUAAUAUAUUUGCUCAAAAUGUUGUUAUUAACAACGAAUAAAAUAGUCACUUUAACCACUUUUCUUAUCUUAAUUCUCACAAGAUUCCAACUAAAGUACAGUUGUUGAACAGCUUAGGAACUCUUGAAGUAUUUUUAAACUCUAAAGAAAAUGUAGAUGUAAAUUAAUCUUUAGUAAUAUAAAAAUUAAGUCCAUUUCAUAUUUAAGAAUCUUCUUAAUUCUCUUAAGCAAUUUAAAAAUACUCAAGUCAUCUUAAACUUUUCCAAGAAAAAUAAGAUUUGUUAAAAUAUAACUAAAUCACAAAUAGUUUUUCAAAGAAGUUAGAGACUAAGUUUAAUGAAUUCGAAAUUAUAUAAUAAUAAAAGCUUAAAGAAAUUUCAAAAACUAAUUGCUUUUAUAGUUAUAGUCUUUUUCAAUUUAAUGUAAAAAAAUUUGAAAUUGAAUAAACUAAAAUCGGAUACUCUGAAUCAUUACUAGCUCUACUUGGAUUAGACUAUUAAUAAGCAAAAUAAUACAUUCUAAGAAAGGGUAUUUUUGAAUAUACAAAUUAAUUUAAUAUAUAAGAAUAAUACUUCAAAUAUAUUUCUAAAUUAUUUGGUGAAGAUGUGAAAAAUUCUUUUAAAGUUGCCCUUUAAACUUUUGAUGGCUUUGAACUUAAUACAGUAAACAUCUAGCAUGCAAUUGUUGACAUAGAUUCAGAAAAUCCUUUCCUAGGUUAUAAUCAAGUACUGUUUGUUAAUACAUAUUAAAUUAGUGAAAACUUAAUAUAAAAUUUAAUAUCCCUAAGAUAAAAACACAAAGAACAAGUAAAUUAAAGAUUAAUAGAAUUAGAAGAAGACUUGUAUUAUUCUAUGGAAUCAAAUAUAUUUUUACAAAAAUAUUACAAAAAUUAAACAGAAAAUUAUUUAAUGUAUAGUAAAAGAGCUAAGUAUAGAAACAUAAAUUGA